CCUAGUCUCGAGGCUAUGAUCUAACUAGUGGGCGUUGUCAUUCUCUAGAAAGAAAAAAUAACUGAGAACAAGAGCUUUACCUCUGUCCAACAUGCCUGCAGGAAAGGGCCAUAUAAAGAAGCAGACGUUCACGCAAGUGCUGCCCAAGGCAGGCAUGCUCUACACUGAGGAGAGUCAGAGCAUGGUGCUCUGUAAACCUAAGAUCAUGCCCCUCAAGUCAGUCACUCUGGAGAAACUAGAGAAAAUGCAGAAAGAUGCACAGGAAGUGAUGAGGCUACAGGAUCAGGAAGCAGCUACUCCAGAGAUGAGUGAUGAACAAUGACCCCUCCUACAUAUCUAGCUAGGUCUUUAUUGCUCGGUGUGCAACAUUAUCACUUCAUCUAUAAAUGUAGUAAUAAUAAAUUAAUUUGUCUCCA